AUGGCUACUCCUUUCAAAAUUCAGGUCGAGCCCCAGAACUCGGGGUUAUUGGAGUUGAAGCAGGGUCAGAAUGAGGCUUCAAAAGUGACGGACCUGCUUCAGAAGGAUCUCGAGGUAUUCAACUCACUUCAAUCUAUGUAUCUCAAGGCUAACAUCAUGCAGAACCAUCAUGUCUUUUUCAAUGAGUCAGGGUUUCAUGACCAUCUCGUCCAUCAAGUUCUCACUCUAUACGGCACUGGCGCGACAACAGAGAUCAUAGACAAAGCCUACGAUGCCAACAAAACAUAUCAGCUCAAAGCUAUGAAACCGAAAUCCGAUGUUGUUGACAAACUAGAGCACGGCUCAGAUUGGUCCGAAUAUCUUGGCAAAGGCCGCAAUUAUGCCACCUUCUUCCGCUUCUUCCAGGACGAAAUCGAGAGGAUCGGCUGGCAAGACACUCUCAAGGAAUACCUCUUCAAAGAUGAUGCGCGAGGUCGCGAUAUGCAGAGUCGUCUCUUUGCCGGCAUCCUUCAUCCACUAAUCCAGCUUCUUUACGGGAUGGAGUGGGAGCAGCCCAUGAUUAUUGCUGCCGCUCUUGCGCAGACGGCUGUUCAUCGAGAUGAUUAUCACGAGUUUCUUUCUUCGGCGGCUAAGAAAGCUGAAGGUGCUGAUGCACCGCCCAAGAUGAAAACUAUUCCAGGGCUUUAUGAGGAUGUUGUAAAGGAUGAAACCCUUGUGAAGAGCUCACAUUGGGAGGAUUCGAAUCGAGUUUUCGAUGGCGUUCUUACAAGGGCAAAAGAAGAAAUGAUCAACCUAGCGGCGAGGGUGAGAGUUGAGGAGAGUGAGUUGGAUGAGAGAACGGCUGAGAUGGUGCAUAAUUCUGCAUUUGUCGCUUCAGGCGCUGCUUUCCACCCUCCUUAUCAUCCAAGAUUUGACUUUAUCCUUAUGCAUCAUACAACAUCCACGCCCUUUUUUCUCACACUCAACAAGCAAUCCUGGAUUCCAGCCUCCACCAAAGCACGUUUCCUCGAGAACAAGAUCCGUAUGGAUCUCUUGCAGUACAUCGCGCGCGGCUCACCUGCUCUCCGUGAGGAUUUGCUCCGCGAGUAUGAGCCUAAGGAUGGCGAUAAGCUGGUGGACAAAGCCGAGGAUUUGUUCCCAAGGAUCCAUAAAAUUAUGGACGAUGGACAUACUGUCAAGUUGGCGAGAGCGCUUAUGCUGGCGCAGCGAGUGACGAAACCUUAUCAGGAUAGAGAGUGGGUGCGAAUUAAAGAUGAUGAGUGGUUGAAGGCGGUAUAUGUGUUAAUGGACGCCAACGAAGAGGCUGAUAGUCAGGGAGGAACAAUGUGGGUUAGAUCUGCAGGCUUUGACGAGGCAUGGGAAGAGAUUCCAAAGGCAAAGAUGUAA